AUCCUAUGAAUCUUCGCCCUAAAUUCGAAAUUUCAGAGACAAGGCAGCUGUUUAAUCUUUGCCGUUUGCGCUGGGAUUAUCUUUCUGUUCAAGUUGUUUCCUUCAUCGAAACAAAGAAGGGCACGCUUCUAUUAUUUUCUGUGAGCUGAGAUUUGUUUUUUCUUUUGAGUGAGGAUGAGCUGGGAGAACUUUGAGACGUAAUAUUUUUGCAUGUUAGAACCAACUAGAUCUUAUUUGAAACCGGAGAUAAAUGUCGUGGAUGUGGUUUGAUUAUCGUGACAGUUCCAAGUAUCCUAAGUAGAGACAAUUGCUUGUCAAGUAGAUCCUCUGAAAGAUUUUUAAUUUUUUCUGCGGAAACUUGGUUCCUUGGAGGGAUUGUUGGACUAGUAUAUGGCUGUGGCUUUUACCCAUCUCUCGUGGUGGCUGUGGAGUGGAAAAUCUCAAAAACCAAAAAUCACAAACAGCCCUUGCAUAAAUUCUCCAGUUGAUUCGGGUAUGUGGGAAUCAGAUGCUUUAAGAUUUCCUUGGGUAAAUCAGGCAAAAAUGGGAUCCUCAUCAAGGAGGACGAAGCGCAAAUGGCAUAACAGAGAAAAGCAGAAAAUAGAUACGGAAUAUGAUGUUGUUCUUGUUCCAUCUGAUGGAGGAUGUGUUUCUGAUUCUGAAUCCGAUGGUUCUGAUUGGUCUAUUGGUUGGCUUGAGCCUCAUGGACCUGAGUUUCCAAGUGAUGACGAAUCAGAUAAAAGUUUUGCCGUCCUGGUACCCUGCUAUGGACGCCAGUAUAGUGGCACACUGGAGGAUCCUAAAAGCAACAUACUGACCACUGUUGGGAACUUUCCAGAUAAUUGUUCAGACGAAAGCAAGAAAUAUGUGGAAAACUGGCUCUCUUCUCUUCAAAACAGCUGAUGCUUAAAUACUUGUGCCUGUGAUUUUGCACUAUGGAGCCGCCUCUUUAGCUGCUGCUUUUUUUCUUUGAUAAAAUCACGCUGUGGUCUGGACCAGUAAACAAUUGUAUGAUGAUGUAAAAAAUUAAACCAAAAAAAAAAGGGAAGUAAACAAAACUGCUGGGUGGUGAUGUAAUGGCAGAGUAGUGUUGGUCAACUUGGUUGAGGCUGGUACAAUUUGUGAGGAGAAGAUUUGAUGAUUGGCUGCUUCUUUGGUGUCUGCCUUCAAGAAUAAAACAUCUGAAAUGUGUCUCUGCCUAAAAUGAAAAUGGAGAGAAAUGGAAGACUGCAUGUUGAAUGAACUGUGUGGCUACGGAGCUUGCUAUUCUUUGAUGUAAAUACUGUGUGUAUAUAUGGGGUUUGCUUGUAACUUGUAAGCUUAGUCACGUUGUAGAUAAUUGUAUAGAAAGUGUGUAUAGAUAACAUGAAUGUAUUGUGUGUUUGGGCUUUUGGGGAAAGCACUGUAUGUCUCAUUCGUGAAAUGGCAAGUUUAUUUUAGUAUUUUGCUUUGAGAA